UUGAACCGGGACGGUUUGAGAUGGAGAAGAAACGUGUUAAUUUCUUAUUGGGUGGUACAUUCUAGAACGUUACAGAAUAAAGACGGUCGUCGGUAUAGGGGGUCAAAGUUGCUUAUACGACGUCGUAGAAGAAUCUUCGAAUUUCCCAAUCGCUCUUGCCUUUAUAAACCUCUCUAUGAACCAUUGCUGUCCAAGAAAUCUUCCAGAUUUGCGCAUAUCGACAAUUCUCCGAGCUUGCUGGAGAUACAAAGUACGGCGGCGAUUUUACGUAGUAAACGUGUUUCAAGGACUUUUAUUGUGUACUCGAAAAUGGCUGAGGAAGCGCAUAAGGUAACGUUGAAUGUCUAUGACCUAAGCCAAGGCUUGGCACGCCAGCUCUCGCAAUCACUCUUGGGGAAGGUUAUCGAAGGUGUAUGGCAUACAGGAAUAGUUGUCUAUGGAAAUGAGUACUUUUUUGGAGGAGGAAUACAGCAUUUGCCAGUUGGACGAACUCCAUAUGGAACACCAAUUCGAACGAUAGAGUUGGGUCUAUCACAUGUUCCUAAAGAUGUAUUCGAGAUGUAUUUGGAAGAAAUCAGUCCUCGUUACACCGCUGAAUCUUACAAUCUACUUACUCACAAUUGCAACAACUUCAGCAACGAGGUUGCUCAGUUUUUGGUGGGUAAAGGGAUUCCUGACUACAUUCUUCAGCUUCCCAAUGAUGUUCUAAACAGCCCCAUGGGUGGUCUUAUAAUGCCUAUGUUACAAGGCCUCGAAACAACUCUAAAAGCUGGUGCUGUUCCUCAAGUUCCACAGUUUAGGCCACAGCCACAACCUUUUGGAGCUUUUAGUAAAGAUGAAGGUCCAAAAAUUGAGAAAGCCUCUAAGCCUGAGGCAGCGGAAAUCUCAGCUGCAACUGAGAAAGUGCCACCUGUUGUUCAACCAUCAGCUAGUAAAGAGAAGGUGAAGGAGGACCCGUUGGGUGAUGCUAGGGCCAAGAUUCAGGAAGAGAUUACAACUGAAUUUGCAGCCCUCAUGGCACAAGGCACAUUACGAGCAAGUGAAGCAGCAGCUAUGGCGACUAAAAGAGUCAUGCAAAAGUAUGGACAACUCAAUGUAAAUACUUAAAGCAAAAUGAAACCCUUUAUUUUUACUGUAUUGAAAACUGAGUCCAGAAUCUUGAACGAUUUCAUUACACUAUUGCCUUCAGCUAUAUUUCGAUA